UUGGCCAGUUGGCCGACUGAUCAGUGCGACUGUUGUGUUGACAGGGGUGGGAUAUGCGUUGGCCGCUCCUCGCGCCCGGCUAUGUGGACACUCGACCAGGGGUGUUUUCCAUCGUCAACCGUUCUAUCCCUCUUGUCUGCACUGACAGCUCUCCAGUUCUGUUGUGUAGGAGGAGUGCAGAUAACCGCGCUAAAAGUGCCAGAAACAGUAGUUAACGGCUCCGAAGCGGCCAUCUUGGACUGCGAGUACACGCUGAAGCCAGAGGAGUCGAAAGCGGUGCUGACGUCCGGUCUGGUGAUCAAGUGGUUCUUCAAUAACGGGCCGGCGCCCGUCUACCAGUGGAUUCCGGGCCAAAAGCCUCAGGAGCUGGGCUUGCUCAAGGGUCGGCUGGACUUGCAGCACAAGGCUUCAAGCCAGGUGGCCGCCAUGUAUAGGGCAUUGAGGAUUGUACGCCCCACCACCGACCUCAGCGGCGAGUACAAGUGCACUGUGUCCACCUUCGACAACGAAGACUUCAUGAUCAAGAAGAUGAUUGUUUAUGCUCCAGAGAAAAGACUGGAAGUAAUGCAGGCACAGGCUGAGCAGGACGCAGUGAACAUUUCAUGUCGUGCUCAGGGUCUAUUUCCUGAGCCGAAAAUGUCACUCUACAAAAUUACCGAUGCCGACCAGAGGAUACCGAUGGAAGGCGUGAAUGCGGAGACGACCCGUAGACAGGAGGCGGGUGAGGGCUACGACAUCACGGCGACGGCACGACUCCACGACGAGGAGCUCAACACGACGGCCGUCAUCGAGUGCCUAGUUCUGCUCCCUGGAACGCCCUACUCCAGAAAAAAGAGUAUGGUCUAUUAUCCAGGUCGAGCUCUUGCAUGGACAGAUAGCGGAGGGAUGACAACAUGGACCGCAGAGAUCAAUAGACUUUAUACCAUCAUCUACUUCAUUCAUUAUUGCAUUGUUUCAUUGUUGCUAGCUUCUUCCUGAAUGAGAUACGAUUUUAUUGUUUGUUAUGAAUUUAUGGAAAUCAGUGGCUGCUUGAAAGUGAUAUGGAUAAUAUUUAACAAUGGACAUUCGGGCAUUGUUCAAUAGUGAUGUGACUCUUUAUUCUAUAAAUCUAUAUUAUUAUCACAUUAUAUAAGCUAUUUAUAAUUAACUUAUUUUCUUAUCAUUCCAUACACACUUAUACAUUCCUCCAAGCUCUCCGUUUUCAAGAUUGAAAACUUUCAUUUUUGUUCCCAAUAGAAUUCUCAUUAACAAAGUGGUCCAACAUCUUUUACAUUAUCACCAUAGAACAACAACACAUCAAUGGAAAGUUAUUGCUCACAAAAAAUGUUAUUGUAGUUGAUAUUUAUUCACAGUAUUGUCAAAAAUUGUUCAUCAAAUCUGUAACUUAUUCAACUUUUCAUAAUCGUGAUGUUUAAAACUCUCUUGCUUUGUUGUAAAUCUUCUUGUCGUUUAUACUUGAAUAUAUUUAAAUAAAUCAUUUUUUGUAGUUA